UUGGUCCGGAUAAUUUUUCUUUACAGCGAGAAUUCCGAGUCAGCGCUACUGUUUGCUCUGCAGGAACGCUUCGAAUCUAAGCGAUUUUACACAUUCGCGGGGGACGUCCUGCUUGCGCUGAAUCCUUACGAUGUGUUACCAACGAUUUACGAUGACACUGUGCAGCGACUGUACCGACACAACAACAAAGUCAGCAGUCUGCCUGCGUUAGUAACACCUCAUUUUGUUGAUUUGCUUGUUCAUUUUCAGCACGUAUUCUCGGUUGCCGAGAAAGCAUUGGCACGUGUGGAGAAUGAGCAGUCCAAGCAUGAAGCCAUUUGCUUCUGCGGCGAAUCGGGCUCUGGUAAAACAUUCGUUUUAAUGCGCUGCGCCAAUUAUUUAAUUAGUACAUCUGCUCAACCAACAUCAGGGAGGAUCAGUACCGUACAACAGUUAGAAGCUGUGGAACGUGUGCUUGAUGCAUUUGGUGCAGCUCGGACAUUGAAGAACUCGGGGGCAACUCGAACUGCCUACUACGUGGAGUUCAUGUAUCGCCGGUAUCGCGGAUUCGCGGUACGCACUACUCUACAGCAGCAACAACAACAACAGCAACCGCAGAUCCAGGUGCACGUGGAACCUAGUCGAAUUGUUAUGCAACGACCCGGAGAAUGUAAUUUCAAUGUAUUCUAUGAGCUAUGUGCUGGAUUAGAUGCAAGCGAGAAGCGCAAGCUCGGGCUGAAGAGUACUGCGGCUGCGGCGGCUAUAGACCAACAAUAUUUCUACCUGAAUCAGGGCAAGGUUCCAUCAAAUGAAGCAGUAGAGCGCCGAAAAUUCGAGCAGCUCUGCAGUGCGCUGCAGUUGCUAGGCAUCAGUGAACAUCAGCAAAACUUCAUGCAUCGAAUUCUUGCUACCAUACUGCAUAUUGGCAAUCUUUUCUUCAAGCCUACCAAGAGAGUCGAAUACGAUAGCACAAAUAAUGCGCCUUCAAGUACUACGGUUGGCGUUGAAAUUGCAAACGAAGGGGAGCUGAAGUGGUGUGCUUAUUUGCUGGAAGUGCAGCUCGAAUCGCUCCAUCGACUGUUCACGAAGAAGCAAGUGGUUGGUACUUAA